GCCGUGCCGCGUCUCUCCUCUCCGCUCCCCGCCAGCAGAGCCAGACGCACCAGCAGACAUGGAGGCUCCGUGAGACACAGCACAUGGCAGCAGCGGCGAGCCAUGAACCCAAAAAGAAACCACCAAAAACAGAAAAUGCUUCAAUAAGCAAUCGUUAAUUCCUUCCCGGAAAUAUUCCCAAAACCUGCAUAUUCCCAGUAGCUACAGUGGGUUGCCAUUCACUCAAGUCAAGGGGAGGGGCGCAAGGCAACCCCCUUUUUCAUUUCAGCGAUAUUUCUCAUUUUCCCCCCUGUUUUUAGUAGUUUGACUUGAUCCAUCUGGAAGAUGGGUGUGCAGGGUUUCCAGGAGUACAUUGAGAAUCACUGCCCCAACGCCGUGGUGCCGGUGGAGCUCCAGAAACUCGCCCGGGGAAGUAUGGUCGGAGGUGGCCGGCAAAGACCGCCUCAAAGUCCGCUCAGGCUGCUGGUUGAUGCCGAGAACUGCCUCCACCGGCUCUAUGGGGGGUUCUACACCGACUGGGUCAGCGGGGGGCAGUGGAACCACAUGCUUGGCUACCUUGCCGCCCUCUCCAAGGCCUGCUUCAACGGGAACAUUGAGCUCCUGGUAUGCUUCAAUGGCGCCCUGGAGAAGGGCCGACUCCACGAGUGGGUCAAGCGACAGGUGAACGAGAGGCAGACCGCCCAGCAGAUAGUCAGCCACGUCCAGAAUAAGGGCACCCCGCCGCCGAAGGUCUGGUUCCUGCCCCCGGUGUGCAUGGCUCACUGUAUCCGCCUGGCGCUCCUCAGGUUCCGCAUCGGGGUGGUCCAGACCAUCGAAGACCACCACCUGGAGGUGAUCACCUUGUGCCGGGAGGGCGGGUUCCACGGGCUGGUGGCGUACGACUCUGACUACGCGCUGGUCAACAUGCCCUGCUACUUCAGCGCCCACGCCCUCAAGCUCAGCCGCAACGGCAAGAGCCUGACCACCAGCCAGUACCUGAUGCACCUGGUCGCCAAGAAGCUCCACCUCCACCCCGACCGCUUCGUCGUCUUCGCCUCGCUCCUAGGGAAUCACAUACUGCCUGAUGAAGACUUGGCUGCCUUUCACUGGAGCUUACUGGGUCCCGAGCAUCCUUUAGCAUCACUGAAGGUGCGCGCCCACCAGCUUGUGCUCCCGCCGUGUGACGUGGUGAUCAAGGCUGUGGCGGAGUACGUCCGCAACAUCCCGGACCCCAGCGACCUGGACGCCAUCGCUAAGGACAUCUUCACACAUUCACAGUCCUGUACUGACGACAAGGUGCUGCGCUUCAGGAGGGCCGUGGAGUACUACGCCCGGGCCAGCCGACCAACACGCACCCCCCCACCGUUUGUGGGACCAAAACAGACGGGAGUGCCGGCUACUGGGUCACACGGCGCUCCUCAGAAACCACUCGACAUUCCAGCCGCUGCUCCGACUGGGAAGUCUGGGGCCCCGCCCAGCGGUCCGCCCCCUCCCAGCGGUCCGCCCCCUCCCAGCGGUCCGCCCCCUCCGGCGGAGCAGCAGGCUCAGCCCCGGGCCCCCCAGGCUGGGGACGGCCCCCCCGACCUCAGCCUCUUCGGAAACAUUCCUCCAGAAGGGAAACACACGCCGCUGUACGAACGGUCCUCCCUGGUCGCCGCCGCCGCCGCCGCGCCUCGGAGCCCCGCCUCCACCGGCGCCGUGGACGCCAGCCUCCCCCCCGAGGUCGCCGCUGCCUCCACCACCGUCACCCCCUCCUCCUCCUCCUCCUCCUCCUCCUCCUCCACCCUCACCUCGUCCUCCACCAUCACCUCCUCCUCCUCUGAGAACGAUGAGUGCAGCACCGUGACGGCCAAUCAUGUGGGCGACCACAAAGGAGAAUGGGACAAGAAGGUGAACCAUGAGGCGGAGCCCCAGGGGGCGCUGGAGGACCAGACCAACGCGGCCCCCCCCUCCCCGGCCCCCUCCCCCUCCCCGGCCCCCCCCAGCGGCGGGGGCAGCCGGCUGGGCAGCGCCGGCGCCCCCAUCCCCUCCCUGCUCUCCAUGGCCACCCGGAGCCACAUGGACGUGACCCUGCCCCCGCUGCCCGCCGUGGCCCCCGAGGUGCUGCGGGUCGCCGAGCACCGCCACCGCAAGGGCCUCAUGUACCCCUACAUCUACCACCUCCUCACCACGGGAGAGAUCAAGAUGGGCGUGAGCCUGGAGGACGAGGGGAACCAGGAGCUGCCGUCGGCCGUGCAGCUCUUCCGGCCGCUGCGGCAGUACGUGUACGGCGUGCUCUUCAGCCUGGCCGAGGCCGUGAAGAAGGCUGAGCGCACCGCCAUGAGGAGGGCCUGCCCCCCCGACUACUCCCCCGUGAUGGUGAAGGAGUGGGCGGCCUACAAGGGCAAGCCCCCCCACGCCCCCGAGCUGGUGGAGGCGCUGUCCUGGCGCGAGUGGACCUGCCCCGGCCUGCGGCAGCUGUGGCUGGGCAAGGCGGCGGAGGACAAGAACCGCCGCAUGCGCGCCUUCCUGGCCUGCCUGCGCUCGGACACGCCCGCCAUGCUCAACCCCGCCCACGUCCCCGCCCACCUGCUGGUGCUCUGCUGCGUGCUGCGGUUCAUGUUGCACUGGCCGGGGGUCAGAAUAUUACGGCGGUACGAACUCGACGCCUUCCUAGCACAAGCACUUUCUCCUCAGCUGUACCAACCCGAGCAGCAGCAGGACCUGAAGAUAGAGCGUCUGGACCCCCGUGGCGUGCAGCUGGGCGCCCUGUUCAUGACGGGUGUGGACAUGGCCUUGUUCGCCAACGACGCCUGUGGACAGCCAAUCCCGUGGGAGAACAGCUGCCCCUGGAUGUACUUCGACGGCAAACUGUUCCAGAGCAAGCUGAUCCGGGCGGCUCGGGAGAAGGCCCAGCUCAUAGACCUCUGUGACGGUCAGGCGGAGCUGGCCGGUAAGGUGGAGAAGAUGCGUCAGAGCAUCCUGGAGGGCCUCAGCUUCUCCCGCCCACCCCACCACAUGGCCUUCCCUCCCCCGCCUCCCCUCCCUCCCCCUCCUCACCCCCACUUCAUGCCCUUCUUCCCCCCCGCCGGCGCCUUCUACCCCGACCCCCCCAAGAUGGUGCCGCCGGGACGGGCGCGGGUCGUGUCCGGACUGCAGGCUGUCGCCUCCUCCGGGGGCAAGCUGGAGAUCGCGGGCACGGUGGUGGGCCAGUGGGCGGGCAGCCACAGGGGGCGGGGCCGCAGGGGCUUCCCCAUCCAGGUGGUGUCUGUGGGCGGAGCCCCCCGCGGCCGUCUCAGAGGGGUGAUCUCCACCCCGGUCAUCAGGGCCUUCGGGCGGGGCGCCCGCUACCACAGCCUCACUCUCAAGGGCCACCCAGCAUUCCUGGGUCCUAAACCCCCCCACGUCUCCGCCCUGGACGGGAAGGCCAGGAAGAAGAGCAAGCCAGACGAGGUGAAGAAGAAGGCGGGUCUCGUGGAAGUCAAAGGUCACAGCGGUGGCGUGGAGAACGGCGUGGAGGAGGAGGACAGGAAGUCUGUGCACUUGAACGGCGAGGCGGUCACCAUCCUACCAGGAAGUGCCUUCAGCGGUCCCGACGCCAAGUCGUGCGUCAUCGUGGCUAACCCUUACCUUCCUGUUGCACUAGCCGUCGACGCGGCCGGCGCCAUGGAAACGGUGCGGGCGUCGGAAGAGUAAAGCCUAUUUUUCUAGAGAGGGUGACGGAUGUGAGCGGUUGUGUCGCGUGUUCGGAGAACGAUGUAGAGAAGCCUAACAGUUAAUGCACAUUUAUUCCUUUGUCAGAAAACAAAACUAACGGGAAAACAGGACGACCUUUCCGCGUUUCCCUCUCAGCGAACACAACUCGUUUACAGGCGUUUGUUAUGGCGGCGUUUGUUAUGGCGGCGUUCGGACGGUUCACCACCACCGCUGCGGAGGUUAAUGCGCGGCAAUGCUAACAUGACGAGAGACCACUUCCUUUUAAUUCUCAGCAUAGGGGGAAGCUUCCAGAAGCUUUUGAGUUUAGGAAAACCUUUUUCUUUCACUAGGGAUGAGAUAACUAAAACCACUUGUUAUUCCGUAUUUGGCUCCUUGUCUCCGUUAUCUGAACUGGUCUCAUGUUGUCUGUGUAGCCGCUUGAUGCCAAAUUAAAAUCCAAUAUUUACAACAGAAAAAAUAACCAUCCUCAGAGGCCAUUAACACUGGUUUGAGUUCGAAGGCGCAGCAUUGCAUCAAAGGAGCUCGGAUGGAGUUUUUUUUUAGUAUUUCCAGCUUCAAGUCAAAUUUACAAGCAACAGCAGGGGGGGGGGAAAGAGAUAGUAUUCAGCACCAAUCGCUCAGAUCCCGGUACGGGAGCGAGCGGACCGGUCGUGGCUGUGCUGGAGCGUCGUGCGUCGUGUUGCGUCUCUCCAAACCGUUGCAUGGUUCCUAGGUUAAGACGUGUAUAGAUGUUGUGCAUGUUGUUCCCAUUCCUCGGUACGAUGACUGUGGCCAUUGACAAAAACACAAAUACUAUUGAAAUAUAAUCCAUUUAAAAAAAGAGUUACCUGUUGGGUCUGUUGACGAUGGGGUCUUAUUUUCGUUUGUGGUAUUGGUCUCUGUUGCAUUUAAUUAACUAAAGAACGCAAGAAUCUUAUCUACCCAAUCGUACCCAUAGUAUACAUGUUCUCUUUUGCUGUUUGAUGCGUUUGUCGGAUAUCUGGUAAAAAAUAUAUAUAUUAACAAUAAUACAAAUGUCACCCCUUUUAAUGUAGCUGGAAUAAGUUGCUUGACCUUCCCAAAAAGAGUUUAGCAGUUUAUCAAUUUUAAGAUUUGUUUUUCUUCUUUUUUCAGUCAUUCUUCUUAACUAGUGAAUUUAGAUUUCAACUACCCUGAGCUUUUCUCAUGUUACUUAUGAUCAUAAAUAUGAUGUACACACUCCCCGCCCCCGCCCAGAGCUGCAUAAGUCACCUUUUAUGUACGUUGAUUUGAGGUUUAUACUACUCUCCUUGAGUUUGUUUUAAGAAUGAACUGUCGGGUUGGCUUGAAUGUUGAUGGAUUGUGAUGUGGUGUAUUUGAAGGCAAUGCAACUUACAAUGCUUAAUAAAAGUCUAUUCUUUUAGUAUAA